AGGAGGAGCAUCCCGCACCGCAUCGCACUAGGUCUCGAACAUUCCUUUUUCUCUCCCUUGCUUGGGGAAGAAGAAGAAGAAGAAGAAGAGAGGGCGAGCGCCCCCGCCUCCCGACGCCGUCGCCCCUCGCCGCCGAUCUGAUCUCAGGAGCCAGCGAAGAUGCAUUCCACCAAUCUGCUCCUCGAGGAGCCCAUCCGGAUGGUCUCCAUCCUCGAGCCAUCCAAGCCGAACUUCUUCCCGGCGAUGACGAAGAUUGUGGGGACGCUGGGUCCGAAGUCCCGGUCCGUUGAGGCCAUCUCCGCCUGUCUAAAGGCCGGCAUGUCUGUGGCCCGUUUCGAUUUCUCGUGGGGGGAUGCCGCGUACCACCAGGAGACACUCGAGAACCUCAAGCUCGCCAUCAAGGCCACCAAGAAGCUAUGUGCUGUUAUGCUCGACACUGUUGGCCCUGAGUUGCAAGUGGUGAACAAGAGUGAAGUCACAAUCUCGCUUGAAGAGAACGAGUCUGUUGUUCUCACCCCUCACCAGGGCCAGGAGGCCUCUUCCAAGUUGCUCCCUAUCAACUUCGCUGGACUCGCCAAGGCUGUGAAGCCCGGAGCCACAAUAUUCGUUGGGCAAUAUUUGUUCACGGGCAGUGAGACUACAUCAGUUUGGCUGGAGGUUUCUGAAGUUCAAGGGGAUGACGUGGUUUGCGUGAUCAAGAACUCAGCUACCCUGGCUGGGUCACUCUUCACAUUGCACUGCUCCCAGAUCCAUAUCGACAUGCCCACGCUGUCUGAUGAGGAUAAAGAUGUUAUGAAAAAAUGGGGUGCUCCAAACAAGAUUGACUUCCUCUCUCUUUCUUAUACAAGGCAUGCAGAAGAUGUGCGGCAAGCACGGGAGUUCCUCUCUAAGUUAGGUGAUCUUAGCCAAACUCUGAUUUUUGCCAAAAUUGAGAAUGUGGAGGGCUUGAACCAUUUUGAUGAGAUCCUGGAGGAAGCGGAUGGUAUCAUUCUGUCAAGAGGGAACCUUGGAAUUGAUCUUCCACCUGAAAAGGUGUUCUUAUUUCAGAAGUCUGCUCUGCACAAGUGCAACAUGGCUGGAAAGCCUGCUGUUGUUACUCGUGUUGUGGACAGUAUGACGGACAACCUAAGGCCUACUCGUGCGGAGGCAACUGAUGUGGCAAAUGCGGUGCUGGACGGUAGUGAUGCCAUUCUCCUUGGUGCUGAGACUCUCCGUGGGUUGUAUCCAGUCGAGACUAUUUCAACAGUGGGCAGAAUUUGUGCUGAGGCUGAGAAGGUCUUCAACCAAGAUUUGUAUUUCAAGCGAACCGUGAAAUAUGUGGGAGAACCCAUGACCCACUUGGAGUCUAUUGCUUCCUCUGCAGUGCGGGCUGCUAUUAAAGUUAAGGCUUCGGUCAUCAUUUGCUUCACUUCAUCUGGACGGGCUGCAAGGCUAAUUGCCAAGUACAGGCCCACCAUGCCUGUCCUGUCCGUUGUCAUUCCUCGUCUGAAAACAAAUCAAUUGAAGUGGAGCUUCACAGGUGCAUUUGAGGCAAGACAAUCACUCAUAGUUAGAGGCCUCUUUCCCAUGCUUGCUGAUCCACGUCAUCCGGCUGAAUCUACUAGCACUACAAAUGAAUCAGUGUUGAAGGUUGCUCUUGACCACGGCAAAGCAUCUGGUGUGAUCAAGUCGCAUGACCGUGUCGUCGUGUGCCAGAAAGUGGGAGAUUCCUCUGUCGUGAAGAUCAUUGAGCUAGACGACUAGGCAAAAUUAGCCUUUGCUCAGGGCUUGCCAGAUUUUUGACUAGGCCAAAACGUUGCUUGGUGGCUAUGUAUAAUUCUAUCUAUAGUUUUGCAAAACGAGCAGUUUUUCCUAUGGUGUCAUCAUAGGAUCCGCGGUUAUCAUUCUGAAACCUACGCUAGUUAUUAUGGAUAUGUCCUCAGAUUUUACUGCAGUGUAGCGAGUAAAUGAUCUGAUGGAAUAAUGAUAUCAAAACUUUGUGACCCUUAUUGUUGUCGCUAAGCCUAUGUUCCCAUUUACAGAUUUGGGUGUGAUCCUGAGGUUUUAGGAUGUUCUUAUCA